GCCCGCUGGGCUCUCUGCUUCCCAAGUGUCCCUGCAAGGCGAGUUCCAGAGGAGGCUGUACAAGGAGCUGGUAAAGAACUACAACCCGCUGGAGAGGCCGGUGGCCAACGACUCGCAGCCGCUCACCGUGUACUUCUCGCUGAGCCUCCUGCAGAUCAUGGAUGUGGAUGAGAAGAACCAAGUUUUAACCACUAACAUUUGGCUGCAAAUGUCUUGGACAGAUCACUAUUUGCAGUGGAACAUGUCCGAGUACCCUGGAGUGAAGAAUGUUCGCUUCCCAGAUGGCCAGAUUUGGAAACCAGACAUUCUCCUCUAUAACAGUGCUGAUGAGCGGUUUGAUGCCACAUUCCACACCAAUGUCUUGGUGAAUGCGUCUGGGCAUUGCCAAUAUCUUCCUCCAGGCAUAUUCAAGAGCUCCUGCUAUAUUGAUGUGCGCUGGUUCCCUUUCGAUGUGCAGCAGUGCAAACUGAAGUUUGGGUCCUGGUCCUAUGGAGGGUGGUCCCUGGACCUGCAGAUGCAGGAGGCAGACAUCAGCAGCUAUAUCCCCAAUGGAGAAUGGGAUCUCAUGGGCAUCCCCGGCAAGAGGAAUGAGAAGUUCUAUGAAUGUUGCAAAGAGCCAUACCCUGAUGUUACCUAUACAGUGACCAUGCGCCGCAGGACGCUCUACUACGGUCUCAACCUGCUCAUCCCCUGUGUGCUCAUCUCGGCCCUGGCUCUGCUGGUGUUCUUGCUCCCUGCAGACUCCGGGGAGAAAAUCUCCCUUGGAAUAACUGUCUUGCUCUCUCUGACGGUCUUCAUGCUGCUUGUGGCUGAGAUCAUGCCCGCCACAUCGGAUUCCGUGCCCUUGAUAGCACAGUACUUCGCCAGUACCAUGAUCAUCGUGGGCCUGUCUGUGGUGGUGACAGUGAUUGUGCUGCGGUAUCAUCACCAUGACCCUGAUGGUGGCAAAAUGCCCAAGUGGACCAGGAUCAUUCUUCUGAACUGGUGUGCGUGGUUCCUGCGGAUGAAGAGGCCCGGGGAGGACAAGGUGCGGCCAGCCUGUCAGCACAAGGCUCGCCGCUGCAGCCUGGCCAGCGUGGAGCUGAGCGCAGGUGCUGGGCCACCCACCAGCAAUGGCAACCUACUCUACAUCGGCUUCCGAGGCCUGGAGGGCAUGCACUGUGCCCCGACUCCAGACUCUGGGGUUGUGUGUGGUCGUCUGGCCUGCUCCCCGACACACAAUGAACAUCUCCUGCAUGGUGCCCACCCCUCCGAUGGGGACUCUGACCUGGCCAAGAUCCUGGAGGAGGUCCGCUACAUUGCCAACCGCUUCCGCUGCCAGGAUGAGAGUGAGGUGGUCUGCAGUGAGUGGAAGUUUGCAGCCUGCGUGGUGGACCGCUUGUGCCUCAUGGCCUUUUCGGUCUUCACCAUCAUCUGCACCAUUGGCAUCCUCAUGUCGGCCCCAAACUUCGUGGAGGCUGUCUCCAAAGACUUUGCUUAAUAUCACCACGUAGGACAUGCACAGAUAGGAAAGGUAUCUGGGAGGCGAGACUUGGAUCCCUAACCCCAUGUCAUGCCAAAUGGAACAACUCUAAAGUAUCUGUGUGGCUUUCAGUCUUUAGUCUUAGUUUCCUGGUUACUUUAAUGAAAGAGAUUCCAACGCCCUUCUGUCUUUUCUUCUCAUCCUUACCAUAGUCAUAUCCUUGUCCUCAGCAGGGGCAUUCAUGGUCAUUUGCCCCCUCUGCACAGCCCUACAGGGUAGCUCUCAGUGGUUCUAGUCGGCCAGUAGAGGCCGGUCCAGUCGGUGUUCCGUGCCUGCAUGCCCCUUGUCAUGGGCUCACACACCAGAAUUUGCUGUCUGCUUGUGUCAUGCACAGACCCAGGCUGAAGCCAAGGCUGAGCAGCAUUCACUGGGUCCAUUUCCACAACUUCCUUGCAAAAGGAAGGCAAACGCCGAUUUGGUUCUCCGCCGGCUUUUCUGUGAUUUAACUUCACUUUUUUUUUUCUUUUGUCUUUUUGUCUUUACUAAUGAUCGACUUUGCAUCAGAGAGAAAGUUGGCCUUCUAGACGAUGUUUUGAGCAAGCUGGUUCCUGUAGAUCUGCAUGGUCAAUGAAGUGAGCCCACAGGCUGUAUCAUUUCUAAAUUAGGACUAGCCCAGGUAAAAGCGUUUGAAAGCCGUGGCCCUGUAUAUUCCAGGCUUCAUGCUGCGCCAGUGUCCCAAGGGAUUGCGUUUGUUUUAUUGUGCAAAAGCCGAAGGGGAAAUAGAGUUUGGAGUGUUAACGAGAGAGUAACUGACUCUCAGAUAAACCUUUUGGUGUGUGUUUUUAAUGAGAGUGCGGCUCUGCAUGUCAGACUUCGCUAGUCGUAGAAGUCUGUGCGUCUGUACAACUGCGCCCCACCAGGUGAAUGUAUCCUGUGUUUUUCCCUCAUGCUGGGGCCAGAGAGAAGUCGAGACCUUUCUGGGCUACUGUGUGACAGGAGCUGAGGAGAGGAGAUGUAGCUGAUGACUCAUAUAGAUGCCAAGCUAAUGGUAUCGGGAUCUUGCUUUCCGGAGCUGCCUUCCAGAGCUCCAGGUGCAAAACUGCCUCAGGGUCAGUGCGUGAAUCCACUGGAGACAGAUGAGGGGGUGUUGUUGUUUGUGUUUUUUUUUUCUCUUCUGAGUUAGGGUCUCACUGUGUAGCUCAUACCGGUCUGCUUGCACUUCACGUCUUAUAUGUUGGCAGGAUCUCAGGAUUUUUCACCGAGAAAAUUUUUUCCUGUUCCAUUAUGUUGUCGAUUU